AUGAUACCUAUUGCUAUUUUAACGAAAAUGACUGGACAACUGCCAUUUUGUGACUAUAAUUAUGGAAAAUGGGAAGUUCCAAUCCCUAAAGUUCGUGCAUUAUCUGAUGCGGAGGCUUUUAAAAUUGUUAGAACUGGCAAGUCAAAGCGAAAAGCUUGGAAAAGGAUGGUCACCAAAAUGUGCUUUGUUGGAGACACUUUCACAAGAAAACCGCCAAAGUUUGAAAGGUUUAUUCGCCCGAUGGGCCUUCGAGUCAAAAAAGCCAAUGUCACUCAUCCUGAACUUAAAACAACGUUUUACUUGCCAAUUAUCGGUGUGAAGAAGAAUCCCAGCUCACCUACGUACACCUCUUUGGGUGUAAUAACUAAGGGCACUAUUAUCGAAGAUUCUGGCCUUUGCUCUGACACUUAG